AAAGGAUCACGAGAUUUCACGUGUAGACGAGACUUCAAUGAGAUUUCCAAAUUAGAAAUGAAAAUUUUCUAAAAAUGCAGAAAUAUGAGAAAUUAGAGAAAAUUGGAGAAGGAACCUAUGGUACUGUAUUCAAAGCCAAGAACAGAGAGUCUCAUGAGAUAGUUGCUUUGAAGAGAGUUCGACUAGAUGAUGAUGAUGAGGGUGUACCCAGUUCAGCUCUCAGAGAGAUAGCACUUCUUAAAGAACUGAAGCAUAAAAACAUUGUCAGGCUACACGAUGUGCUGCAUAGUGAUAAGAAACUUACAUUGGUCUUUGAAUAUUGUGAUCAAGAUUUGAAGAAAUACUUUGACAGCUGCAAUGGUGAAAUUGACCAAGAUACAGUCAAGUCAUUUAUGUUCCAAUUGCUGAAAGGUUUGGGCUUCUGUCAUAGCCACAAUGUAUUACAUAGAGACCUGAAGCCACAGAAUCUUCUCAUAAAUAAGAAUGGGGAGUUGAAAUUGGCAGAUUUUGGACUGGCCAGGGCAUUUGGUAUACCUGUAAGGUGUUAUUCUGCAGAGGUGGUUACCCUUUGGUAUAGGCCCCCUGAUGUUCUCUUUGGUGCCAAGCUUUACUCCACCUCUAUAGAUAUGUGGAGUGCAGGCUGUAUAUUUGCUGAGCUUGCCAAUGCUGGGAGACCACUAUUUCCAGGCAAUGAUGUGGACGACCAGUUAAAACGUAUAUUUAAACUACUUGGUACUCCUACUGAUGAAACAUGGCCUGGUAUGACCCAGUUACCAGAGUACAAAGACAAGUAUCCGAUGUAUCAUGUGACCACAUCAUGGCAACAAGUAGUUCCCAAGCUGAAUGCAAAGGGCAAGGAUCUCUUACAGAAACUUCUUGUGUGCAAUCCUUCACACAGACUCUCAGCAGAUGAUGGUAUGGAACAUUCGUAUUUUGCUGAUCUAAACUCAACGAUAGAUCGAUGAUGUCAUCAUGAAGAUCAAUGAUGUCUUAAUGUCGAUCAAUGAUGUUAUGAAGAUCGAUAAUAUCAUUGUGUGGAUUGAUGAUAUCAUAAUGAAGAUUGAUGAUGUCAUAAUGUAGAUUGAUGAUGUCAUUAUAUAGAUCGAUGAUGUCAUCUUGAAAAUCAUUGAUGUCAUCAUGUAGAUUGAUGAUGUCAUAAUGAAGCUAGCAAUCUCCAUAUAAGAUAUAUUUUUGUGGGAUAACUCUCAGAAAAAUAUGAUAUCACAAAAUGUGCUGGAAUGGAUUUGUAUAAUGAUAUAUAUGGACAAAGUGCAAGUUUAUGGACAAAAUGAACAAAGUGAAAUGACAUUCUACAGUAAGUUAUCAGCUCAAAGGAGAAAAAAUAUGAUCAUAUAAUAAUCUGUAAAAUGAAGUUCAAAAUGGAGUAUCAAGGUCUAAGAAAACACUGAACACACAUAAAGUUAUCAAUUGAGUCUGGGGGUGAAAUAUGGAUGAUAAUGUUAGGCAUAGUUUUAUUAUAUAAUUAUAUAAAUGGACAGUGAAUGGCCUUUAAGAGAACAGACUGAAUCAAAGUGCCAUAUAGAUCAAGUGCAAUCAUAUUGAAUAAAAUAAGGAAGAAAUUAGACCUCAGCCUCAGUCACAUUUGAUCUACGGUAACUGUAUGGUAGCCAUGGCUUCCCAAAAUUGAGAGAAAUA